AUGAAGUCAUUCGCCCUUUCCACGGCUGCGCUUAUCGCAGGCCUUAUCUCGACCACCACUGCGCAGACGCACACCGACUGCAACCCGCUCAACACCACAGGAUGUCCCGACAUGGAGGCGCUUGGCGGAAACGCCACCUUCAACUGGAACAAGACCGGUAUCCCGAACAACGACAAGAUCUGGCGCAUGCCCAACCAGGGCAAGAUCGACUGGAACGAGAAGGGCGCGACCUUUGCCAUUGAGCGAUCCGGCGACUCUCCCACGGCGAACUCGGUCUUUUACAUGCUCUUCGGCCGCCUCGAGGUAGUCAUGAAGGUGGCUACCGGCAAGGGUAUCAUCUCCAGUGCCAUCCUGCAGUCCGAGGCGCUCGACGAGAUCGACUGGGAGUUCCGCGGCGACGACAAGAUGAUCCUGACCAACUACUUCGGCAAGGGCGACACCGAGACCUACGACCGCGGCAAGGAUUUUGAUCUUGGCUUCAACCCCCAGGACGGCUACCACAACUACACCAUCGACUGGACAAAGGACCGCAUCAAGUGGUAUGUGGACGACAAGGAGGUCAGGGAGCUCACCCCGGACGAGGCUAAGAACGGCACUCGUUACCCUCAAACACCCAUGAACGUUCGUCUCGGAUCGUGGGCUGCGGGUGACCCCAACAAGAACGACCCUGGUGUUAUUGAGUGGGCUGGUGGCGUGACAGACUUCGACAAGAGCCCCUACAUCAUGACUAUCCAGUCCGUCUACGCGGAAGACUACACCAAGGCUGCCAAGUACUCGUGGGAGGGCAUGGACGCAUCUGGUGACUGGGAGAAGGUCAAGGUCAUCCAGGGCAAAUCCGAAACCCUCGAGGAGAUCAAGUCUCCCCACGGAGUCAGGAACCGCUUCAACGACCUUUCCAAGGGCGCCAAGAUCGGCAUCAUCGCCGGUAUCCUCGGAUUCGUAGCCAUUGCCUCCAUCAUCAUCCUCUUCUGCUGCAUCAAGCAACGCCGCGCAGGCAGGAAGGAGGCGCAAGCACUCCUCGCCGAAGAGCAAAAGGAGGCUGCCGAGCUGAGCGAGUACAAGGCGCAGAUGCAGGCCGGCAGGUUUGCCAUGGGGUCCAACAACCGCGUCUAG